CUGCGCGAGGAACGUCAGUCCUGCAGCGACAUGUCACGCGCAUCCUGUCCUUUCUAGCAUCUUUCGCAUCUCUCUUCGAAGGGAGAACGCGCACGCGGACAGAAACGCACUUUUGAAGUUGUUUGACGUUUUGCCUUCUGCAGCGUGCCCAAGCGGAUACGUGGACAUGCUAGUGUGCGCUCGCGUAAUUCCGCGCGCGUACGUCUUACCUUGUGCCAGUUCUGUCCAAGACCGGUUGCGAUAAAUACUUCUCCAUCAAAGACUUUUUGUCAUCGCUUGCUCCAAAUGUUUUCACCUGACAGCAACUGCGACGUGCUGAUGCGCAGUGGUGUUGCCCGUGUAGCCAGCAUCCGGACGGCGAUUUAAAAUUACCCACGUGCACUGGCUUUAUUUACAUCUCUGUGAUCGCGCUGAGGUGGAAGAGAGUGGAGAUGACCGACAACUGAAGCUUCAGAGGUUUUGUCACUUUCUCAUCCAUGAGAAGACUUUUUUCCCCUUUUUUGUUUGUUUUUUUUCGCGCUAUUUUUUUUUUUUUGGACAGUCACAGUUUUCUGUCCUGACCGCACGCGCAUUUAGAAGUGGCGUCGCCGUCUGAGUGUUCACGAAGACUCACUCGGAGGGCGCUCGGAGUAACCUUCAGCGCGACGACCCUUUUUUACUUGUGAGUGUGUGUGUGUGUGAGAGAGAUACUCAGGUUCUCAGGGUGUGGACGGCGCAGCAGUAACUGUGGGAGCACAUCCAAAGACAAUGGUCCAUUGCGCGGGGUGCGAGAGACCCAUCCUGGACAGGUUCCUCCUCAAUGUUCUGGACAGAGCGUGGCACAUUAAGUGCGUGCAGUGCUGCGAGUGUAAAUGUAACCUGACUGAGAAAUGCUUCUCGCGCGAAGGAAAACUAUACUGCAAAAACGACUUCUUUAGGCGGUUCGGAACGAAGUGCGCGGGCUGUGCUCAGGGGAUCUCGCCCAACGACUUGGUCCGGCGCGCGCGAAGUAAAGUGUUCCACCUGAACUGCUUCACGUGCAUGAUGUGUAACAAACAGCUCUCCACGGGGGAGGAAUUGUACAUUAUAGACGAAAACAAAUUCGUGUGCAAAGACGAUUAUUUAAGCAACACCAACGUAAAAGACACUAAUCUUCUCUCGGUAACAGCUUGCAGCGAUCCCAGUUUAUCGCCAGACUCUCAAGACCCACUUCAGGAUGAUGUGAAGGAUUCGGAAAUCGCGACCUUAUCGGACAAAGAAACGGUGAACAAUGAAAACGACGAUCAGAAUCUGGGAGGCAAACGUCGCGGCCCGCGCACCACGAUCAAAGCAAAACAGCUCGAGACGCUCAAAGCGGCGUUCGCGGCUACCCCCAAACCCACGCGCCACAUCAGGGAGCAACUCGCGCAGGAAACUGGGCUCAACAUGCGAGUCAUUCAGGUAUGGUUCCAGAACCGGCGGUCCAAAGAGCGGCGCAUGAAGCAGCUGAGCGCCCUCGGCGCGAGGAGACACGCUUUUUUUCGUAGCCCGAGAAGAAUGCGCACGCUGGUGGACCGGCUGGAACCGGGAGAGCUCAUCCCAAACGGCCCGUUCUCGUACUAUGGAGAUUAUCAGAGUGAGUACUACGGACCAGGAGGGAACUAUGAGUUCUACCCCCAGGGCCCACCUUCCUCACAGGCUCAGACCCCAGUGGAUCUUCCGUUUGUCCCCUCCUCGGGACCCACGGGCACCCCCCUAGGGGGCAUGGAGCACCCCAUCCCUGGACACCACCCGUCCAGCGAGGUGCAGCGCUUCUCGGACAUCAUGUCUCACCACCCGGGGGACUCGCCGAGCCCGGAGCCGGGGAUUCCUGGGCCCCUCCACAGCAUGUCCUCUGACGUGUUCGGCCCGAGUCCCUCCUUUACCUCACUGUCCCUCAACGGAAGCGGGUACAGCAACCACCUCUCCCACCCCCCGUCGGAAAUGAACGAAGCCACAGUCUGGUAGCUCCCGAAGGCGGAGGCUUCUCCGCAGACUGUUUGGGGGCGGCACGCGGGUGGUGGGGGGGACACUCUCACUGGUCACAUCUUUUUUUUUUUGCCGUUUCUAUUUACUGUUUUUGACAUUUCGGGGGUUUUGUUCGUUGGUUUUUUUGACUUAUGAUUUUUGUGGCGAGAGCAGCAGAGGACUCCGUGGCGACUGCAGACACUUUCCCAUGAUAUUGUGUUGCUGUUAGAUUGCGUUUCCCUCGAACCCGAUCACAAACCAGACUGAUGGCUACCCUUGACCCGAAACCUCUACGGCUGGUUCUGGGAGCGCCCCCACCCCAACCCUUCCACACACCACUGACUUAACCCUCACUCUCCAAACCACGAUCGCAAAAUAUUAGCAGCAGUAGCUACUGUCAAAGACUUUAGCUUUACGGAGAAACACCCACGGCGACACACCUAACACUUCCCUGUGACUGGGACUCCAGGAAAGAUCUGAGCCGUCAGACUCAUUUAUUUGAAAGUUCCUCAGACCUCUUUGCCUGUCAAGGCUCUGCCAUAUUGACACUUAAACAACCUUAUUGACACUAAAUGUGUUUCCGGAUCCCGGGGGUAAAAGGCUCUUUUUUUCUCUCUGUCUGGACAUAUCCUUUUGUUUUUCCGAAAAUUUCACCAAAUCUGAAGUUGGCCUUCAAAAGGCCAAACGGUAAAUGUUUUAUGGAUUGUGAACCCUUUAUUUAAUGGAAGAGAACUUGAAAUGUUGUUAAAUGAAGUCUACCUUCUAAAAAUAUUUUAACGAGGGUCUGAAAGGGACUUAGAACAGUCAACUGUUUACGUAAAAUAUUUAAUUCAGGAGUUUAAAAGUAUCAAACCAUGUUUAGAACCUCCAGAUGAAAAAUGUUCCAAGCAACCAACCAAACUUUUGUAUUGACUUUAUUUAUAUUGUAUCAAGAAAAAAAAAAAAACAAGUUUGCUGGGGUUGUGGUUCACUGUGCUAGUUUGUACAAGAUGUUGUUUACAAAAAAAAUUUAAAAGGAAAAAAAAACACAAGUAGACAGUUGCCAAAUAAAAACAUAGCACAAAUACUGUACAAGUGCUUUGCGCCAUCAUCUGCAGAAUGUGUUGAAACAAAGUGUAAGUGUUAAAAAAACAAGAAGUAUUUACUUCUUAAUUUUUUAGUCUGCUGAAAAAAAGCAUUCAUAAAUUGUUAAUAUAACAUACUUAGACCUACAAGUUUUAUUUUUGUGUCUUUAAAGGAAAAUCCAAACUAUUAAAAUCGAUGGUCAAAUUGUGCAGCAGGCAGGAAGCUGCUCACUUCUUUAAAUAUCAACUUCUCAUGGUUUGUCUUUUAUUGUUUAAUAAACCUAAGCUUACGUGACCUCCAGUGCAUAUUAGACCAUUCACUGUAUAAAUACAACAUGUUGAACUAAUU